AUGGAUGGUAUGCUGACAGUUGUUGUGAUUGUGACUGGUUUAAAGGUGAGUUUGGGUAGUGGUUCCACUUGGAUUCUAGAGUUCAUCAGUCCACUCUUUGUACCUGCUGUUGUAUCAUUGUUAAAUUUCUUGAUUUUGAUUGGGCUUGUCCGCUCACUGAACUUUUGAAGUCAUUAUGUUUUGCUGCUGAGAAGCAUACCCCUCUCACAACUUCUGUUUGUGUUUGAAUUUGCAUGUUGAACCACAAGGUUUUAACACUCUUCUUUCAAAGGAGAUGUUGUUGAAUUUAUGUUGUGAAUGUAGCCAGUGAGUUCAUCAUCCAUUUUUCAGGAACAGAAGUAGCAACUAUAAAUUUGACUGUUCACUGGUCAUUUGGUUGGCCAUUUUGUUGUAAUCUAAUCUUCCAUCACUUUUCCUUCCCCUUCUUUUAGGUCAGUAAUGGAAACUGCAGCUCCUACUUCUGGGAGGUUCACUCAGUUACGUAUCUUAUUUGCAUGAUUGGUCUUAUCCCUCUGCAUUCCCAUUUCUUCUAUCCCGUUGAUGUUCACUAUGCUACAUAACUUUCAAUGUUCUGUUCAAAUAGAUUGUAGCAUUGUAACAUUUCUUUUAGGGAUGACCACAGCGACCUCUGCAAUGUUAGUUUUGUGACAGGUUUCAUUUUCAACUUUUAACCUUCAGUAUUUUUGAGGUUUUGAUAACUGCCUAAUAAGAUUUCAUCUCCUACCUGGCUUCUAUCUUCUGUGGGUUUACAGAAGAUUCCAAUGGGAGGAAUAUUUUUCUUUCCUUUUGUGCAAACUGGGGCAUAAAGUUCACCAUGAGGGGGUAAAAAAGGGAAGAAAAGGGGGGAGAAUGGGGAAAAAAGGAGGAUUGCUGUAGUUCACAAAAGUAAGCUUAAUUUGAAAAAGAAAAGGUAACAGCAUGGUGCAUAUUUCACUAAAAUUGACAGUUUAAGUUGGGAAAAUUGCACAAAAAGGAGCACAAAGAGGUAGACCUAAGUUGUUUAUAACCAUGGCAACACUCAGUGUAUCAAUUGUGUCAAUGGUUUGGGAUCAUUUACAUACUCUACUUUUGUUAGUCAUUGUGGCAAAGUUUCAAAUUACUCUAUUAAAAAAAAAAUCAAGAUCCUCCACAAGCAAGGCCUCCACCCAGCUGAAAUACUAAAAGCAUUGAAACACAAAAGGUUACUAGUGAGCUUUGCCAGUACUACGUGUAUCAUUAGAAAGUUCCAUCUCACUGGUUCCGUGGCAAAUUUACCUCGAUCAGGAAGACAUCAAAAGCUGUCUAUGGAAGCAAACGGUGUAUGUGGGAACAGUGCAAAAUAAGUAUUGGCAAAAGAUAUGGCAUGCCAAACACGUCAAAAGUGAAAAAAUCUAUCGAGCACCAAUUGAGAAAUAAAGUUUGUUGUUUGAGAAUUGUGAGUUGGUGACUGAGAAAUAUAAUCUACAGUUUGAAAACAAGCAUUUGGUGGGUGAGAAAUAAUAUUUGGUGGUUGAAAAACAAUGCCUCAGAAAAAAAAAGUUACUUGUUGAAACAUAAUUCACAAGGCUAGUAAUUAUUCAAAUUUGCCACCAUUUUUGAUCAUUGUGGAUCUGCUAAAAAGACUAUUUUUUUACAUCAACUAUUGUAAUAUUUAUUCAUCAUAAUAAUUGUGAUGAAAUUUUUUUUUUUUUUAUUGGUGGCAGUCAAACUGAAAGCGAAAAUGAAGCAAUCCUUGAUGGCCCUGAGCUUGAUGUUGAUGCCCCCAAUGCUGAAACUGAACCUGUUGCAGAGAGCAAGAUUUCACUGGAAGUAGCAUAUGAAGCAGCCUAG